UCGCUCUGAGACUUUGCACACAAUCUCUCAACUGAAAGACUGAAGGAAAAAGUUCUUCUUAUUUAAAGAAAUCAAGAUGAGUGAGCAAGGUGCAUCUUCACACAAACUGAGCUCAGUGUUCAGUGACCUCCUUCUGGAGGGACACUGGUGUGACGCAGUCAUCAAAGUUGGUGAUGUCGAAUUUCAAAUCCACAAGAUCAUCCUCUGCAACUGCAGCCCGUACUUCCGAGCUCUCUUCACACGCUGGUCACCCCCAGAGCAAAAGGUCUUUGAGAUAUCGGGCCUGUCUCCAGACAUGAUGCAGCUCAUCAUUGAGUUUGCAUACAACAAUGCAGUGUCUGUGACAGAGCACGAAGUACAGGAGCUACUGCUGGCAGCUGAUCAGCUCAAUGUGAUGGACGUUGUGCAACUCUGCUGCGACUUCCUGCAGCAGCGACUGAACCCACACAACUGCAUCGGCAUCUGGCAGUUCACCAGCGUCUGUUUCGCUCCCGAACUGCGGCACAGGGCCUACCACUAUGUCAUUGAUCAUUUCGAGGAGGCUAUUUUCAGUGAGGAGUUCCUGCAUCUCUCUGCGGAGGAAUUCACAGACAUCCUUGAAAGAGAUGACCUCAAUGUGAGAAGGGAGAGUACGGUAUAUGAGGCCGUCCUUCACUGGAUCUCCCACUUACCUGAAGAAAGAAAAGGCCACUUGUUUGUACUCCUGUCUAAGGUUCGGCUGGCCUUGACAACUAUAGAGUACAUGAGGGUGACUGUGAUGUGCAAUGAGCUGGUGAAGGGCAACAACGCGUGCAUUCAAAUGGUGAAAGCUGCCUUGCAAGUCAAAUGUUGCAUGAUCACAAACAACCUCUCUACAUCUGGUGUCUGCAACCCCGUCGGUCGUCCUCGCCUUCCCAAUGCCAUACUCUUGGCUAUCGGAGGCUGGAGCGGCGGGGAUCCGACUAACGCCAUCGAGGCCUACGAUGUCCGAGCUGACUGCUGGAUCAACGUGACAAACAAUCAGGAGCGCCCUCGGGCCUACCUCGGCACUGCCUUCGUCAACGGGGUUGUCUACUGCAUCGGUGGCUUUGACAGGGUGGAGCAUUUCAACAGCGUGCGCAGGCUUGACCUGAGCACACGCACCUGGCAUGAGGCGGCGCCCAUGUACCACCGCCGCUGCUACGUGAGCGUCACUGUGCUCAAUGGAUACAUCUACGCAAUGGGAGGUUAUGACGGACAAAUCCGACUCAGCACUGCGGAGCGCUACAGGCCUGAGACCAACCAGUGGAGUCUCAUCGCACCCAUGCAUGAGCAGAGGAGCGAUGCCAGCUGCACGACACUUCAUGGCAGGGUUUACAUUUGUGGUGGUUUCAAUGGGAAUGAGUGUCUGCAAAGCUGUGAAUUUUACUGCCCAGAUUCCAACCAGUGGACAGUGAUCACCCCCAUGACCAGCCAGCGCAGUGGAAUUGGCGUCAUUGCAUAUGCAGACCACGUCUAUGCAGUUGGUGGUUUUGAUGGCAACUCACGCCUGCGCAGUGUUGAGGCCUACAAUCCCAGGACCAACAACUGGCACACAGUGUCCUGCAUGAUGACCACCCGCAGCAACUUUGGCAUCGAAGUGAUUGACAAUCGUCUCUUUGUUGUCGGCGGCUUCAACGGCUUCACCACCACCUAUAACGUCGAGUACUACGACGCAAAUGCUGAUGAGUGGACUGAGGCCUGUGACAUGGAGAUUUGCCGCAGCGCCCUGAGCUGCUGCGUAGUGUCCGGGCUCCCCAACAUGUCCGAGUACGUCGUCCCUCGUGACGAGCUGCCGCUUUUACACUUUGAGGAGGUGUCAGGGGAGUUGACAGAUUCCAUGUAACGCUCCCGAACAGUUUUAGCACAGUGCUGCCCUGUACUACCAUCCACCAAGACUUUAACAUCAUAAAAUAAAACCGCUUUAAGCAUCAAAUUGCUGUUACUUCA